CCAAUUUGGACUUGAAUUAUUGAGAACCCGAGCGGCGAACACGAAACCCGAUACUGGUGCCAUUGAUAAGUCGAGGGCAACCUUCUAGGUAUUUCACUCCAACAUUGUACAGUAUAUACGACGGAUUACGAAAUCGACCCACGGUCCCGCUGCUCUCUUUGACUCUGCAACAGUUCAAUCCAUCGAUCCUGCGACCAGCCACUGGAGCCCUCCAUCAGACGAACCAUACAACUCUACAACCUUGCCCGGCAAGUUCACUUGUGGAGGCAAUACCCGGUACCAACUCGAUUAAAGAGAGGAACAAGACGCCCUAUUUUCUUCUGCUGUUCCGAAAGAAAGAGAGAGAGAGUGUGUGUGUGUCUCUGAACAGUUCCGACCCAACAAUGCCCUCCUCUUGCAAAGAUAUCCGCGCCGCAUUGGCAGCAUGCCUCCAAAACUCGGACUGCAUCAUGGUCGACCGCCACACGCCCCUGGAAUGUCUGUCCCCGCCCCUGUCGGACACUCUCCCCGAGCAAUGCAAGCAGCUGAAACGCGGGUAUCGAGACUGCAAGCGCGGCAUGGUCGACAUGCGCAUGCGGUUCCGGGGCAACGCGCCCAUCUCGACGAGUGUCGAGCUCGAGGGUUCCGGCAAGAGAGCCGCUGGGUACCAGUUGUAUGGGGGGAAACCGGCGUUUGACGUUCGAGAAAGUAUGAAAAAGGAACAAAAGGGCGAGGUUGAGGGGUUGGGCUUUGAUGAGAGUAAGACGAGAGGGUUAUAAUGGGUCAUCGCGUGGUUCAAUGUUCCUUUGACGCACCUGAGCGAUAAAAGAAAAGUUUCCAAAGUCACGCCGGUAUGAUCAGCUCUAUACGAAUCCGCCACCACUUUGGGGGAAACCAGAGCAGCAGGUGGUAGUGGUGGUGACCUUUUUCGGAUAUGAAGAAAAGGGCGCUUCUUUGCUUCCGUGUUAUCUACUAGCCGCCUGCUGAGAGGCAGCAUCCACCUGCUUUACCAGCCUGGGAGGGAGGAGAUCUGUCCAAUCACGGAAUCAUGCCUUGCCUUGCACGGUUGGACGACUUCAACUUUCCAAACGAGGCCGUUGCCGUCUCCAAAAACAGCCAACUGCCAUGUGUUCGCCCCAAAUACAUAUCAAGCGGCCUUCGGACACAAACUCAACUCUGCGAGUCCUCCGUCGAUAAGACUCACCCAGUUGCCAGUUCCCACCGGUCAUCGACGGAGUCCCAGCGGAAGGAAUACGGUGACACAAGGGCUGGGAGUUCGGGCCGCGGAGCAUCAGGCACAUCGAAAUCGGCUACGGGCGUAUGCACAAUUCUGAGGCCUAAAGUAGACAUAAAAAAGACGCGGAGUGUGUGGUCUUGCAGGAGGUUCGACAGUUGAGCAAGAACAAUGUAUUAUAUAUCUCUGCUCCUAUGAACACCACUUUUACAACAGUCAUCAAGCAUACCAGAUAACCCCAUUUGACGCUACGAACAUCGAUGAAAUUGGGUGGAAAAGCAACUUUUUGUUUUGUCUCUAUCCCUCUGCUGAUUCUAUCCGUCGAGAAUGAAAUGGAAGCCCGUACACGUUUCCCCACUGCACCUCCUUUUUAUAUAGACAUUGCUCUGGUGGUGCGCUAUUCACAUGCUGUAGAUAGCCACGAAACCACCCAGCCUCAUUUUGUCGAGCUCACACUCACACUCAGCUUCCGCCGCCUCUCGAGCUCCUCCUUUGGCGGUUCACAAUAGAGCCAUAGAAG